AUGACCGCCAUGUUCUCGAAACUUGCUGGAGUUCGCGGUUCCUUGACUCGACACACUCCAUCGACAGCAAGGAUGAAGUAUUUCAUCUUCCUGUUGUGCUCCAGUCUUCUCCUCAUUGGCAAUUUCGCGCCCUCAGCUGCAUCUCCAGCUGCAGCAGCCGCAGCAGAACCAGGCCGCACAGCAGGCGAGCGACAAGGAACACCAACAACGGCUCAAAACACUAAUCGCGGCCAAAAACGCAUCGGAGACGACCAGGGGGCAGGUCCAAGCAAAGCACGAAAACAAAAUCAAAAAUCCGCACCCACAAGUACGGCAGAGGACACAUGCUAUGGCCUGAAGCUUCGAGUGUUCAGGCUAUGCGCACAAGAACGACAAGACUACCGAGAUUUCUUGAAAAAGAAAAAUCUGAGACCCACGGCAGAGGGCUGUGUGAUAUCCCGCGUUUGUGUGAACACAAGAGUGCUCGACGUUGAGCCAGCCUGCCCAUCGUCACUAUGUCCGCCCACCGAACGACCCGACGAAACAAACUAUCAAUGUCCAUGUGAAGCUACUCUCAUCGCCUUUCGGAUUCGCCAUGCUAAACCAUGGAACAUGCCUGCAGUAGAGAAAUACUUCGACUUUAGACGGAAGUUGGGGGUGGGCCCAGCAAAUUGUAUCAGAUGCCAUCGAGUCUUCGUCGCGGAACGCAUGACAAAACCGCACUGGGUCUUGAAGGAGGCGGUCUGGGAUCCUUUGGUCGAUUGCAAACAACCUCCUAAUUCCUGCAAGUGCAGCUAUGCAGGAGGCAAAGAUGGCACCGGUGGGCGAUGUACCGCUGAUCUGUUCAACAAGACGCCCUUACGAACACCACUUUCGAUGUUUUAUGUUGAUCUGAACAAAGAGCCCGCUCAAGAUUCAGCUGCAGCUGCCACUGGCUCAUCUCAAGAGCUAGCCUCCGACCUAGAGUUUACACAGACAUUCGCCCUUUCCGAUCUCAACCAAAAUGGGAUGUGUAUUAACCCGACAAUCGAUCAACCUGGGUUUUGCUCUCGACGUUCUUAA